AUUUUUCGUAGUAUUUCUUUGUUUGGUUUGAACAAUUGUUCAUUAGACAAAAAUGCCUCCAAACAACACCAAGCUUGAAGGUAUAGUGCAAAUCGCACUGCCAUUUGACCAACCGACUUACAAAAAUGAAGGUCCGAGUUUAGAAGAGCACAGUGCCGUGUACUAUAGUGGCAGCAGCGUCCAACACGAGGUGGCAGAUGAUGAUGAUGAUGAGCCUGUCGUACAAAUUAGUACGAGGGCUAGAUAUACGUAUGAGCUUGACAGAUUCGAAAAAAACGCAAUCUUAGUUAUAAACAACAGCGACGCAGAUGUCGAAAUGACAUUAUAUUUCUUACACGCGUUUCAAAACCACAGAUUUCAGUUAAAUGCCAUAGAAACUGAACAUAGUAGCUCAGACGAGAUUUGGCAUAAAAUUGACCAGUUUUUCCAGCAAGAUUUCUCAAACUUUGGCGCAGUCGCAGUCGCGACGUUGUCGUGUCCAGAUGAAAAUACGACAGAAAGAGACAAUUGCGUGCAAGAGUGGGAUGUGCUAAACUAUUUCCUUACCAACCAGCCUUCUACUCUUCAAGGGAAACCUAAGAUUUUUAUAAGUGAGGCACUUGAACCGUCCAGUCUUCCCGCACUCACAAGCCUUCCGAGUGACAUCUUGCUUAUUCAGACCCAGAACGUUACGAGAGAAAUGGGCUUCCGUCCACUAAACAUCCUAUGUUACAAGUUCAUCUCGAUGGAAGGCCAACGAGACUUCCUCGACAUACUCUCCGAAUCAACCUACGAAGCGAGCCAAGCUUUCCCUACACCAUCACCUAUCAAUUUCCUAAACAUGCUCAGGAAAGAAUUGAUGUUUCAAAAAGACAUCGCACAAGAGGACGAAGUUGAUGACUGGAUGGCCAAAAUGGCGGAUCCUGUUUUAUUUCAAAUCUGUAGGCGAAUGCAUAUGCAAACUAAAAGUAUUGCUGGUAUAUUAUUGAGUUUACAGCGGAGACUUUUGGAAUGCCGUUGUCUAAGACAAUAAUAAAAAACCGGCCAAUAGCAUGUCGGGCCACGCUCAGUGUAGGGUUCCGUAGUUACUCUUCCGUCACAAUAAGCUAAACUGGAGCUUAAAGUAUAGUAAAUUGUUAACCAAGGGAUGAAACGGUACCUUUCACCCAAGUUGAACAAAUAGGCAAAUUUGCAUAAUCAGUACCUAAUUAAAGUCUUUUUACUAUGAAGGGAAAACUUUUUGCGAUAACUCAAAAACAGCUAAACUGAUCAUGUCCGCUAUAGUUUUCAUUUAAUGUCCUUCUUAAGCUCUACUUCCACGAUUUUUUUCAUAUUUUUUGGACCUAUGGUUCAAAAGUUAGAGGGGGGGGGGACACAUUUUAUUUUUCUUUCGGAGCGAUUAUCUCCAAAUAUAUUAACUUUAUCAAAAAAUGGUUCCUGAAAAUCCCUAUUAGUUUUGAAAGACCUUUCCAACGAUACCCCAAACUCUAGGGUUAAAGCGUAAAAAAAAUUUCACCCCCACUUUACGUGUAGGGGAGGUACCCUAAAAAAAAAAAAUUUUUGGAUUUUAUUGUACGACUUUGUCGGCUUUAUUAAUUUAUAUAUCCAUGCCAAAUUUCAGCUUUCUAGCACUAACGACCACGGAGCAAAGCCUCGGACAGACAGACAGACAGACAGACAGACGGACAUGGCGAAACUAUAAGGGUUCCUAGUUGACUACGGAACCCUAAAAAGAAGUUGCCCAUAGCAAGCAUCAUUGGCAUCUUUGCGCCACAGGUUUAGAAUGUACUGGAUUGCCUCCCAAAUAUUAAAAUUGCAAACAAAAUCCGGAAUGAUGUCAAAUCAAGUCAAGUGUCAUUACAAAUAUUAAAAUCAGGAUUAAUACAUUAUUGAGUAAACCUAUAUGCUUUUGUAACAGUAUAUUCCAAAAUAUAAUCAUCGCCGUAAGUAAUGCAUAUUGCGAAGGGUGGUAUUCUGGUUUUUCAUCUUUCCAAUUUCUUGGUCCAAUGAGUAUUUGCGUCUCACAUUUUGCUUAAUGAGAGAGUGAGACGCAAUGCACAUUAGACAAAGAUCUUGGACCAGUUGAAUAUCACCCGAAGAGAAGAAUUGAGUCACCGGGUAGUCCGGAGGCUCCGGGAAGUCCGAGUUUUGCUCAUAGCAUGACCGGCUAGCCUCCGAUCCGAGCCCGCACCGGACCACUCCAGAGCUCCGGUGUGACGUAAUGCUUUUAAUAGAAAGCGAAGCGCCAGAAGCUCCGGCUCGGCCCUGGCCCUGUGUAGCGUGAGUCAUCCUUAACUCUAAAAUAAUGAUUUUCAUAUUCACGCAGGUUUUCGGAAGUUAUAAUUUAUAUCAAUUUUAUUCCUUAGGGAGAAUAAAGAUAUUUUUUUAUGAUGUUACUAUAAGGCAUAAGAAGCAUGAAGUUUAUUACGCUAAACAUUUAAUUAUUUAAAAUCAAGCUAUGUAUAAAAUUAGCGAGGAUUUUUAUGGGAAGUUUGCAAUUAUUGAAAAUAUUCUUUAGCACAUUGUUAACUAUGUCUAAACGAAUACACCCACUUGCCAUACGUACUUACUUAAUAUUUAUUUAUAAUAUUAUAAUACAUAUUUACGGCUACUUUAUUCGAUACAAUACAAAUAAAAUGUGAGUAAUAUAAUAUACCCGCUUUAUGAAGGUAUUUGAUAUAAAAAUAAAUACAUUUUAAAAUUAGACAGACAAGAAGUUGCAGAUCAUUCUCAAAAUUUAAGAAAAUUUCUAUUCAUGAGAAAAUUCUCAUGCAAGUUUCCACUUAGAAAGUUCCCGUUCAGAAUAGGGAUUAAUUACUCAAUAUUCUUAGCGUUUGAUGAUCGUUUCAUUUAACAUUUACAUCAAUAAUUGGCGUCUGUUUCAAGUGUAAUAGAAAUUGAAACUUACUGUAGGAAGGUAGAAAAAAAAUACCGAGAACAUUUCAUGGGAAUUUGGGAAUUAUUGUCAAUUUUCUUCGGCGCAUUGCUAGCCACAGCUUGACCUUCAUAGCGUCAAUUUGUUUUUAUAUAAUUUUAAGUAUUUAUAUUGGACGUUAAUAAAUGUACCUUUUUUUCUUGUUUCAAAUGAAUAAAUUUUGAACUUAGAAAGCAAAGUUUAAAUUUAAAAAUGCCAAAUCAACUUAGGAUAACUAUAACGAUAUUUAGUGAAGUUCAACAUCGCUAGGGUUGGCGACAAUGCCGCGCGCACCGGACGCCGCUAAUUGGUACAGCCCUAGGCGCUCCAAGUCGGCGGAUGCAUAUUUUUCUGGAUUAAAAAGGAGUGGAGUCGCUUUUUAUAUUGUGACGAAAAAGUUUUAAUAAAUCAAAUGCUUCUUUAAACAAGUGGAAUUAUUGUUAUAAAAAAAAUAUUGUUAUUUAAACGUCGCUACUAGUCAUGCCCACACCGCCAAGGACAACUAUAGUUGUUAUGGCGGACGCUGUCAAAGUAACCGUUACACUUUCAAGUAAGGUUUAUAUUAUCUUUCUUGCGCCCGGGAGCUUGGAAUUUUAGUUGUGUGUAUGACAUAAAGCGUUCAAAAAGUUAAUGGCUGCUUCUUCGAGAAUGCCGGCCUAGCCGUUCCAUCUGACAGCGAGAUCUGAUUCUAAAUUCAGUAUAACCGCGAAAAUCGAAGUUCGCAAAUUGCGGGCAUUUUUCUGUGUCAUUCUAAUUACGCCUUCAUUGGAGUAAAAGAGAAAAAUCCCCGGAUUUCGGUUUUUGCGGCAGGCCCUCGGAUAUGUAGGUACUUAAUUGUUGCCAGUCACCGACCAAGAGGCUGUAAAGGUUGCAAGCCUUUACAGUACAGGCGCAAGAGUUAAAACCGAAAAACAAUUAGACGAUCUUGACUUACAGGCGGUCUUCCACACGUUGAUUAAAUAAAUAAACAACUAGACACUGAGAAAUAACUGCUAAAAUUAUAAAUCUUUCUGAAACGUUUCUUCUUCUUGAAUGUGGUAAUUCACUAAUUCGUUCAUUAAUUUUAAAAUUAAUUUCAUUACUUAUCUUCGUUUUAUUUGUAGUUGCCUUGUUAAAUAUGGUUAGUGCAUGUUCUUUCAGAGCAAAACAUCGUAUUAUCCAUAAUUAGAAACUGUUAUGGCUGUUGUAUUAACUUUAUUUGUAUUAUGAUUAUUGUAUAAAUUAUUUUUAUUUUUUAUUCAAACAGAUUACACAGUAUUACAGUGAGACACUAAGGCACUGUGGACGUGUAAUAUAUGCUGUUUGUUGGAGCGACGUCCUGUGCUGCGAUUUUAAAUUUUUUACUGUAGAAUCUAGAUUUGUAUGCAAAAAACGCAUGGUAUAACACAUUGGCAUCGCCUGCAUUCGUGACCUACUGGAUGGCGUCUUCCGCGUACGCAAAAAAGUUUAAUUAGCAAUUAGCCAUUAAUCGUUUGUCUUUAUCUUUCAUGUUGUCUUAUGUAUUUGUAAGAUAGGGAUAAAACAUAAAUAAUUGAGACUUGAAAAGUUUAUUUCUUUUAAUUUCAUUUGUUUAAUAUUUACACAAUAUUACAUAUAAAACUAAUACACUGUGAAACGAUACAAUUAAUAAGAAUAAUAGAAUAGAUUAAGAAUAAGGGAUUAUGAAUUUAAUACCAAUGGCUACUCCACGCAUUUCUCUGUUCGCCGAAGUUGAGUAAGAAUGUUAGUUAUUCUCAAAAAUAUAUAAUAUAGUGCGCAGGAAGCACAGUGUGUUGAUACUUUCCCUUGUUGGCUCCAUACACGACAUUGUGUUUGUACGUGUAUUUUAAAACAAGUUUUUCUUGCAAUAUUUUUCAGUAUAUUAACCAAAACAAUAUUAUUAAAUAUAUUAUGGCUCCUCUACACGAUGGCCCAGCGCAGGCCAGUCCAAGGGACGCAUUAUGCGUUAGAGGGAGUAAGUGAUAUUGCUAUCUCAUUCCACCGCAUAGCUACGUCCCUUAGACUGGCCUACGCAGAGCCAUCGUAUAGAGGAGCCCUUAAAGGCUAGACGAGAUGAUCAAAUCGAUCAAUUUAAUCACCAAGUUUAGAUUUGUGGUGAUAUUUGAGAGCUUUAAACUUUGCACGGUCUGAUUUGAUCAGACAAUUUUAUCAGAUUGGCAAAAAAUUGUUGGCGUCUGGAUUGUCCUUUUUUUUAUGGUAGAGGAGGUAAACGAGCAGACGGAUCACCUGAUGGUAAGCGAUUACCGCCGCCCAUGGACACCUGCAACACCAGAGGGGUUGUAAGUGCGUUGCCGGCCU